GCGGCUCACAGAUUUCCUUUUUAUUUCUACUCUCUUCUCUUGCAAAACCAGGAAGGAAAUAAAAUGCUAGUGGAUUCCGAUAAGUCUCCAGCGUUUUGCAAGCUUUUACUAUCUAGAGAAGCUUUAUGAAUAAAAUGCAAGUGCCGCCUUCUUUCAUCAAAGAACAUAAGAAAAUGUUGGCCAAGACUUGCUCACUGAAAACGGACCAAGCUGGCAAGUCGUCAUGGGAAACAAAGAUAGUGAGGGAAAAGUCAAAUUACUUCAUAUGUGAAGGAGAGUGGCCACAUUUUGUGGUGCAUCACAAACUAGAAAUGGGUGACGUUUUGAUAUUCUUACUCAUUGAAAAAUCAACGUUCCGUGUCCAGCCCUACACACAAAAAUGUUAUAGAAAUUUUAUUCAACAUUUUGAGGAACUUAGCAGUAGUAGCUCGGAAGAGGACAUUGGACCUUCAAGGAAAUUGAAGAGAGCUAAAAAGGUGGACACAGUAACAAUGUCGGAUUCUGAGGAAGAAAGCGAUGACACGUCAUCCAGUGAUGAUGAGUCUAAAAAAUCUAAGCGGGAGAAGGCGCCAUCCAGUGAUGACUCAACUGAUGAUGAGUCAUCAGGUAACAACUAUCGUUGAUAGUAUUAAGAAGUUUAAGUUUUAUAUUAUUAGCAAGACCAAGUCGUUGAUAGUAGUAUGGCUAACGAAGGUUCUAGGCAGAAGACAUAUAUAGUACUCCUUUUUGUUCAUUUUGUAGUUCCUUAUUUGUUUGCUUUAAAAGCUUUUGAGGCAGACAAACUGGGACUUCUUUUGCUAGGGUACGUAAGUUCGGAUAGUUGUGGGUAUUGUUUACCCCGGAUUCGGGUGAUCAAUUAAAUUUAUAGGUGGGUAUAGGAUAUG